ACAAACUUCAAAUCAAAAUGUUUUAGUGCUCGCGUGCAAAACAUGCCACAAAUGGAAGCUUCCUGAUCAACAGAUGCAACAAUUUGACAAGAUGAUACAAAAUAUGUCCCCAGUCUUUUGUAGUUGUCAUCACUGUUGUAGAUUUUAUUUUGUACCAGUGUCUUGCCCAAUGGCACUUCCAAAGAGGACAGUCGGAUUUAACCUCCCGACCCUUUGGUCAGUGGACGACCCAAUUGACCAACUGACCCAAAACCGUCAACCCUACGGCAAUAUCAACGUUAUGUGAAUAAACUACAGUAUGUGGAUAUAUUUGGAAGAGUGUGAGUGGCCAGUUUUGUACCGCAGACUUCAACUGUGGUGGAGCCAGCCAAGGUCACAAUAUUAUUCCACAACACAGUAUAUCGUUUUAUAAGUUUGUGAGCGGGUUGUAGGCUAUUCAGAUGACUCUGGGCAGGAAAUAGGUUUCACCCUGGACUAUUCGCCAGCCAAUCGCAGGGCACAUAUAGUUAAGCAACCAUUCACAAUCACUCACAUUCACACCUACGAGGAAUUUAAGAGUCUUUAAUGAAUGUAAAAUAAUGUUAAUGACAGGUUGGACACUGUAAUAAGGGAAGGAACCCAACACAAACCUCAUAUAGAAUGGUCAGACUGUAAUGCACAACGGCAGAAGUCCGAGGCAGGCAUGUUUGCCACCAGCUUGACGUGCUGCCGGAAUACUGGUCCAUGGAAAAAAUUUUUUAAUAUGCUGCAAAGGUCCAUUUGUUUCAAUACUCAAGCAUACGAUUCAAACACAAAUCACUCAUUUCAUUACAUUUAAAAAAAAAUUGCUGCUGAUCAAUUACAAAUUCUAGCUUCUAAAGAUCAUGAACUUUGGGUUUCUUGUUCUCUGUUGUUGUCGUUCUGCAAGUCGUAGCAGAGCAGCAUCGAAUGGCGGAGAAAAAUUCCUUGUAUGUUUUUACACACUUGGCCAAUAAAGCUGUUUCUGAUUCCGAUUCAGUUGCUGUAAACAAUGGUCACCAGUACUGUCUUGUUCUUCUUUCGGCUUGUCCCGUUAGGGGUCACCACAGCGUGUCAUCUUUUUCCAUCUAAGCCUAUCUCGUACAUCUUCCUCUCUAACACUCGCUGUCCUCAUGUCUUCCCUCACAACAUCCAUCAACCUUUUCUUUGGUCCUCCUCUCGCUUAUUUCCCUGGCAGCUCCAUCCUCAGCACCCUUCUAUCAAUAUCCUCACUCUCUCUCCUCUGGACAUGUCCACACCAUCGAAGUCUGCUCUCUCGAACCUUGUCUCCAAAACAUCCAACUUUGGGUGUCCCUCUACUGAGCUCAUUUCUAAUCCUAUCCAAACUGCUCACUCCGAGCGAAAACCUCAACAUCUUCAUUUCUGCUUCCUGUUGUCUCUUCAGUGCCACCGUCUCUCAUCCGUACAUCCUGGCUGGACUUACCAUUGUUUUAUAAAUGUUGCCCUUCGCCCUAGCGGAGACUCUUCUGUCACAUAGAACACCAGACACCUUCCGCCAACUGUUGCAUUCCGCUUGAACCCAUUUCUUCACUUCCUCACCACACUCACCAUUGCUCUGUAUUGUUGACCCCAAGUAAUUGAAGUCGUCCACCCUCGCUAUCUCUUCUCCCUGGAGCUUCAUUCUUCCCCCACCGCCCCUCUCAUUCAUGCACAUAUAUUCUGUUUUACUUCGGCUAAUCUUCAUUCCUCUCCUUUCCAGUGCGUACCUCCAUCUUUCUAAUUGUUCCUCCACCCGCUCCCUGCUUUCACUGCAGAUCACAAAAUCAUCUGCGAACAUCACGGUCCAAGGGGAUUCCAUUCUAACCUCGUUUGUCAGCCUAUCCAUUACUAUCGCAAACAGGAAGGGAUAAUGUGAUCAUCAGUACUCCAUUACAUAUAUAAAAAUCAUGCAAUAUUUUGCCCUGAAUUUGUGCAGUGCAUUUUUAUGAGUAUCAAAUUGGGAACGGUAUUGUAUCAGCAAAUACAUAAAAUUGAAUAAAGAAAAAAAGCCAAAUUGUACUGUAUUAUAUUUUUACAGAAAUUGUAUGAGACACUAUGACAUAGCUUAGAAUACCCAUGUCUUGAGUUGUUUUGUGAUAGAUUCAUUUUUAAUAAAUCCUAACAAAAAUGUGUGUGCGCGCAUGCAUGAGUCUUGAGCUGUAAGACAUUGCAAAAGAAGUAAAGCCCAUAACUUCCUUCCAUGUCUGAUAUCAACAGCCAAGUGAAGCCGUAAGUUGAACUUGCUGAGGACGUCUCGUGUGUGUGUUCAUUUCUGUGACUGAACUUUUCUAAUAACUAUUUUCUUGUUAAAGUAUUUUAACUUUUUUUUGCCACACAUAUUCCAAAAACUCAACAACGGGAAGAACUUAAGAAGAAGAAGAAAAAAAAAAGCCAGAAUUGUGGGAGAUCGAGAAGGUUGGGGAUAGCAUCCCUUACAUUGAGCUACAUUGGUAACAUUUUGUUUUGGAUUUACAGCUUGAUCAUGGACCUCGACCACGACCUCUUCGAGUUCAGUGACAUCUUGGAUUUAAACUACAGCAUUCCAGACUACGAGGAUAUUUUUCCUGACACCGCGAGCCCCGAGAUUCAGCCUAUUCAGAUCGUGGCUCUGACCUUCUAUGCUCUCGUGGUUUUGUUUGGUGUUCCUGGGAACACCGUAGUGGUGUGGGUGACCGGUUUCAAAAUGUCCCCGUCCGUCACAUCCAUCUGGUUCCUCAACCUUGCGCUGGCGGACCUCCUUUGUUGCCUCUCGGUGCCUCUUCUCAUGGUGCUUCUCGCACAUGGUGACCUGUGGAAUUUGGGCCCAACAGCAUGCCCAGUGGUCAUAGGUUUUUUCCACACGGUGAUGUACUGCAGCAUCCUGCAACUCGUCUUCAUAAGUCUUGAUCGUUGGUUGCUGGUGGCCAAGCCCGUGUGGUGCCGCGACAACAGGCGUCCCAAGCAUGCUGUACUGGGCUGUGUUGCCGUGUGGUGCAUGGCCCUGAUAGGCAGCAUCCCUGAGUUUGUUUACACUCAAGAGUUAAACUUGGGCGACAAGAUCAGUUUUUGUAUAAAGUCUUUCACAAUGCACGGAGUAUGGCUCAUCACAUCAUUCCGCUUCCUGUUGGGAUUUCUCCUUCCGUUCCUGGUCAUCGUCACCUGCCACUGGAUGGUGUACAGAAGAGUCAGAGACAGAAAAGUGACACACACGGGGGGUCGCUCCAAGCGGACGCUGAGGGUCAUUGUUGCCGUGGUGCUCAGCUUCUUUCUGUGCUGGCUCCCCAUGCACAUUGUUGACUUCUUGAUCUUGGUGACCUCUUGGGAUUCCACUCUUUACCAGCCUUUAUACCUGGUCAGUGUUUUGAAGCUAUGCCUGCCAUACUUCAACAGCUGCCUUAACCCACUCCUUUACGUUUGCCUGGGCCGAGGCUUCAAAAAAACAAUGAACUGCUACCUGUGCAACAUCCUCCACUUACUCAGCAAAGACCAAGUGCCCAGGACUCAUGCAAUCAAUCCACAAGGUCUGCAGAAAACAGAUGACUAAUGGGUGAGGAGGAGGCCUGGUGAGGACUAUGGAACGUUCAUCCUUCCUUUAAAGCAAGUUGCAAGUUUUCCACUUUGAAAUCAUGGAGGGCUCUGAAAUUUUCAUUGUAGGUGCAUGUCCA